AUGGAUGAAGAACAUGUAAAACCUAUUAGUUUGAAGGCCUUGGUGGACAAGGUGAGCAAAAAAAUUAUAUUUGCUGAAUCUAAUGAGGAAUUUAUUGAUGUCCUCUUCAGUUUCUUGACGAUGCCAAUGGGAACAAUCAUCAGGCUCAUCCGUAAUCGACCUCCAACAAUGGGGAUAGGCUGCAUGAACAAUUUAUAUGAAUGCAUUGAGAAUCUUGAUGUGAAAUUAUUCAGGACUGAAUCAUGCAAAAAAAUGUUGUUAUAUCCCAGAAAUGCAGCUGCAGUUCAGUGCAGGAGACUACAAUUGAAUAUUGAUGAGACUGAGCCGCCGAGGUACUUUCUUGGCAAUCCCAGUAGUUGCACUCAUUUAAGUCACUAUAGAGACGUUAUUUGUCCCUUUGGAGAGUGCCUAAAUAUUGAGAAGUUUCUUGCUCAAGAUAGAGGGGUGUUUGUUAAAGAAAUGACCCAACUUAUGAUAAGUGAUGAAUUAUGA